UUCGUGUAGCGGUUGGUUGGUUGGUUCAGGUUAGCCACACGGCAGUCGUUUGGAGACUGACAGAAACCGUCUAAUCACGGGCGUCUUCCACGCGCGCGCCGGCGAGAAUGGCGCGGCCGGGCACACUCGUCCUCGUCGCCGGCGCCGUCCUGCUCCUCCUCCUGUGCGGCGCGGCGAUGGGGGCGAAGCGGGCGGCGAUCCCGGACGACCUCCGCGACGUGGUGGACGACGAGGAGGACGAGGACUGGCGGCGUUGGGGCGCCGGCUCCGGGACGCGGGACGUCCCCGAUCGGCCGCCGCCGGACCUGUCGCGGAUGGACCCCGCCGCGCUCCGGGAGGAGAUCCUCCGCGGCCACGGCGGGCCCUCGCUCGGCUUCGUGAAGCUCCGCCCCGGCGUCCGGCGGUCGAGGGAGGAGGUGGCGGGGAUCGCGACGCGGUGGAGCAACGUGCUGCGGACCGGGUCGGUGGCGGCCAAGUUCGUGGCCGUGGACUUCGGCACGCUCAUGUUCACCAUGGAGAGAGGGCGAGACAUGCGCGAGUUGAAGGAGUUCAUUCUAGGGCAGCCUGAGGCGUACGAGUUCAAGGUCGGGGACCAGUUUUUCCGGAGGCCCGGAGACCCACCCCUGGACCAAGUUAUCCAAAUGCUACGGAAACAGACGAAGAAGGAAGAUGAACUGUAGCUUGCGGUUCCGCUUCCGUAGAUUGAUUUAUUUCUCAUGCGCCGUUUUUGCAGUUUUCAAUUCAGUGAGUGAGCUAGCUAAGUAGUACUCCCUCCGUCCGGAAAUACUUGUCAUCAAAACGGACAAAAAAGGAUGAAUCUAGAACUAAAAGACAUUUAGAUACACCCUUUUUGUUCAUUUUGAUGACAAGUAUUUCCAGACGGAGGGAGUAGCGGUCAAUAAGUAAGCACCGGCCGGUGGGCCGGAAGCUGCUAUUUUUUUUUGUUCUAGAAGUCGUCGCGAUCAUCACAAGGACGUGGCCGUGUUGCCGCGGGGAUACAGGUCUAGCUCCUCUCCCUGUAAGAUCAAUUGCAGGCGUAUCGAUCGCUCUGCGGUCUGUGGAACGGCGCGAGUGGUCUUGCUGUGUCUGUUGGUUCAUCGGCCCCGUCGGACACGGCACGGCAAAGCCUUUUGGUGCGCUUCGUCCGGCCGUUUCUC